AUGGACAACGAAAAACAGCAUAUUCAUCAUAUUAUGUUAUACGAAUUUCGCAAAGGAAAAACUGUGGGCGCUGCAACGAAAGAUAUUCGCAAAGUUUAUUUGGACCGUGCGCCAGGACUCCGCACAGUAACGAAAUGGUUUGCGAAAUUUCGUUCUGGAGAUUUUAACCUCGAAGAUCAACCUCGCAGUGGACGGCCUUCUGAGCUUGAUGACGAUGUUGUACGCACUUUAGUUGUGAAUAACUCGCGUAUUUCAACGGAAGAGGUUGCCAGUGAAUUGAACGUCCACAAAUCAACUGCAUUUCGUCGUUUGAAAAAGAUUGGGUACACUUUAAAGCUCGAUACAUGGGUGCCGCAUCAGUUGAGUGAAAAAAACAAAGUGGACCGUAUGACAACAGCAAUUUCUUUGCUUGAACGGAUUAAAAACGAACCUUUUUUGGAUCGGCUCGUGACUGGCGAUGAAAAAUGGAUCCUGUACAACAAUGUUCAACGCAAAAGAACAUGGAAACAGGCACACGAAGGGGCGGAACCGGUGGCGAAAGGCGAAACGAUCACUGCCGACAAGUAUUGUCAACAAUUGGUCGAAUUGAAGAAAGUAAUCGAGGAAAAACGUCCGAUUUUGUCCAAUCGCAAAGGAGUUCUUUUCCAUCAUGACAACGCCAGACCACAUGUUGCAAAACCGACCCUGGCCAAACUGAAGGAGAUGAAUUGGGAAAUCAUGCCGCAUCCCCCAUAUUCACCGGACAUUGCACUUUCAGAUUAUCAUUUGUUUCGAUCGCUGCAGAACAAUUUGAAUGGAAAAAAAAUUAAAAAUGUGGAAGACGUCAAAAACCACCUUGACACCUUUUUCAACGAGAAACCGCGCAAUUUCUAUGAAUCUGGCAUCCGUAAAUUGGUUGAGCGUUGGGAGUGGAUUGCCGAACAUGAUGGCAAAUACAUAAUUGAUUAA